AUGCUGCCUGGAGGAAAAAGAGGCGGCGAGGAGAAGGAGAAGGAGGCGGUGGCGGCGCAGGCGCUGCUGCUGCGGCGGCGAAAGAUGGGCCGCUCCUGAGGGAAAGUAUCCUCCGAAGAAGCUUCCAGGCCGAAGGGGCCAGCCGCUGCCGUCGAAAUAAGAGCUCCCUUCGAGGAUUCCACCGUCUGCUGGAAAAGAUGGGCAACGUGGAGAGCAACGGCUCCUAUCAGAAGCACCUCUUGAGAUUUCCUCCUGAUGAACAAGCCGGCAUUGAGGUUGUAUUUGGCUCCUUGUCCAGGAUGGAGGUUGCUACUGCCACAAAGGCAUUGAAGACGGCCGAGAAGGGAGUGACUCUGGCGACGAUUAAGGACCAUGUCAAGGGUGCUCUUCCUGAAUCGAUGGUCAUUCGGCUGUAUGAUGGGAUGACGGGUGUCCAACUGACCGAGAAGUCGCCUGGGUCCAGUGGCCGGGUGACGAAGGAGCAGUUUGUUGUCUUUAUGUCUGCAAUCUUGAAAGGCAACGCUGAGGAAAAGAAGGGCAUUGUCAUGAAAAUGAUCUCCAAGGCUGGCGGGACUGUGAAGGGAAGUCAAAUCCUUGAGUUUGCAGAGGACCUGGUUCAUUCUGUGGUCCACUUUCUAAACUACAGAAAUGAGCUGAAGGGCUGGAAUCCAAAGAAUAUGCAAAAUUCCACCGCCGGAGUGAAAGCUUUGGCUUCCCAGCUUAUAUCCGAACUGAAAACAGCAGAUGGGAAGAGGCUGGAGGGGGCUCAGGCGCUGGACGCCACCUACGACGAGAACAGCCUAGAGGAUUGGCUCUUCCGGGUCCCUCAAGUCUCCGCCUUCCUCGGGGUCAUCGUCCAGCACGGGCUGCUGGCUGGGCCUUCCCUCCUGCCAGGCCAAGGUGCCUCCCGCUUGCUCCCGGAGUGCCGAGGGAUGAAGGGGGCCGGCUUCGUCAGCCUGCUAGACCUCCCCUCUGUGGCGUACAUCAACUCCUGCCUGCCUUCGGAGCUGCGGCAGGAGUGGCGGCUGCUCUUCUCCUCCCAGCUCCAUGGGGAGAGCUUCUCCCAGCUCUGCGGCCACAUCGUCCACAAGGGGCCCUGCCUGCUGGUCUUGCGGGAUGCCGACGGCUACAUCUUCGGGGGAUUCUCUUCCUGCUCCUGGGAGGUCAAGCCACAGUUCCAAGGCAACAACGAAUGCUUUCUCUUCUCCGUGUCCCCUGUGCUCGGCGUGUUCACUCAAACGGGUUACAAUGACCAUUAUAUGUACUUGAACCACGGGCAGCAGACGAUGCCGAACGGACUUGGAAUGGGCGGGCAGCACGAAUACUUUGGCCUCUGGGUGGACAGCAACUACGGGAAGGGACACAGCAAAGCCAAGCCACGGUGCACCACCUACAACAGCCCCCAACUCUCGGCCAAGGAGAACUUCACCUUCAAUGCCAUGGAGGUGUGGGCGGUGGGAGACCCCCCGGGAGACAUCAACGUGAAAGAUCCCAAGAGCAUCCUGGAUGCCGAUCCUGAGGCUCAAGCCUUGCUGGAGAUGAUUGGAAAGAGCCGCCAGAGCGAGGGAUUGCGGGUCCCGGACGAAGACGGGGACAACAACCACUCCGAAUAAAGCCUGGAAGCUUUUGCCUGA